AUGAAGCGAAUCUUGGGACUGCUGUUGUCGGCGUGCCUAGCGACCCUGACGCCGCUCGUCAGCUCAGAAAAUUUGGCACCGCAAUACCCCGUCGGGACCAUCGCCCUGUGGAAAAUACCGGGGGCGUUGUACAAUGGGCGGAAAAUCGUGGUUCGCGCGACCUCCUCGACGGACUCGGACGAAGUUGCUGUCAACCUUCAAACCGGUACGAGCACAUACGGCACCGACGAUGUCGCCAUCCACGUAAAAGCCUCGUUCAAUGCAAACGUGAUAGUGCGAGCCACGUACUUGGCAGGUCGUGGAUGGUUGACCGAAGAAACUGACGGAGGACUCCCCUUCCGACGAGGCGACGAAUUCGAACUGGAAGUUUUAUGUGCGGGGGAUAGAUUCACGAUAUCCAUUAACGGAAGCCCCUUUUGCUCGUACAAUUAUCGCUUUCCGAUCACUCGCAUAACGCACUUGUCGGUUACCGCGGGCCUCGCUGUCAAAAAUGUUCAGUUCGAUGACGAUUUGUAUUACGCAAUCGUGAAGAAAGUUUAUUGA